ACGAAGCAACUACUGGCCACCAUCAACAGCGAAAAGCAGACUUCAAGAGCGAGAGAUAUGCCCUCUCCUUCCCCCUUCCCCUCUUCUCAUCCACAGCCACAAACCCCACUUUGUCUUCUUCCUCGCCCACCCUUCCCUUCCAAUUCCAUCCCCUCCCUCUGCGCGCUCCCAUCCGCCGUCUUCUUCAUCAAGAAUGCCGGAUUCCAUGAUCGCAACCACCAAAUAUACCAAGCAAUCGUAGUAUCCGAUCACCUUCCGCUGACAUGGAGAGGCUCGGCGAGAGGGACCGCGUCCUCCUCGGCUACGCCUACCGCGAUCCCUUCGGCAACCUCCAACAACCCCCUCCCCCGCCGCCGCACCACCGCAACUCCGACGUCGACUUUGCCGACGUAUUCGGUGGCCCCCCCAGGCGGUCCUCCUUCUACGAGCGCCGCCGCAGCUUGGCGGACUCGCUCGACUCCCAAUCCCGCUCUCGCCCCCUGUCCUCGGGGCUGGCCGACGAGAAGCCCGUGUUCGGGGAACUCGGAAGCCCGGCUCGGAGGCGGCACUUUGGCGACAAUUUCUAUGAGGACAUAUUCCCCGGGAGCGAUUCUGGAUCAUCCACGUCGAGGAAGCUCGACCGGGACCCCUUCUUCCCUUCGGCCCCCGGUUCGAGGGUUCUCAGCCCCAAUCGUCCUGUUCUUGUUGGAGAUUCGUCGCUGCCACCGCAGCUCAGCCUCCCUAAGAUGAGGUUCACGAAAGGCGUAGACCAUCCGCCAUUCAGUUCUUCUGCACACCAUGCUCCAUACAAAAGCGAGGAUGGAGAUCCUGAUGCAUCCACUUUUCCAUAUUCACCGAGUGAUUCCCAAGCAACUCCAGCACCUGAUGAUAUGAGAAAUGUCGGUCACGCUUUUUAUUGUCAAAGCCCUUUAGCUACUCAAACUUCUCGUGGCAUGGGUAGGUCAUCUGAAGCUCUCAGCAGGGGUAGUCAAUCCGAAAGAUAUGCGACCAGUUUAGAAGGCUAUAUCGGCAGCAACAACUUUCAUUUCUCUUUAUACAAAUGGGCAGCCAAAGGAGUGUCACUCACUCUAUCUUCUCACUCAAAAAAAACAAAUGAUGUUGGUAGAUGUAGUAGGCUACCUGAAGUGGUCAUACAAGCAGAUGACCUGCCAUCUGAUGAUGACGAUAUGUCUACUUCAACCUCAACCGGAGUAUCCAACAAUCAGACUGAAACUCAUGAUAACAAGGUAUUAAGCGAUGCAGGCUCAACAAUUACUGAAGAUGUUUUGCCAGAGUCACACUCAAAGCACUUAAGCAGAACUUUUACUGGAAAUUCAGGUAUGAUCAGCGAUAACAUCAAAGAAUUUUCUGUUGCUACACCGGAUACUAAAAGACCCGAGUUAAAAAAUCUUCAUCAUCUCUUCAAGGAUGAUUUUGAAAAAGAUGGACAUGAAUCAUUAGCUGAAAAAGCAGGUGGUGGUCAAAGAGACAUGAAUGAUGAUUUUAAUGCUAAGCAACAAGUGCAAGGACAAAACUCUGAAGAACAUCUUGAUGCAGUUAGCCCUAGGAUUAAAGAUAUUCCAGUUUCUUUGGAAGAUAAGAUGCAUGGGAGCAAAGUAAGAGGGAGGGUAAAAGAGUUCAUCAAAAUCUUCAAUCUUGAAGGUUCCCCAAAACGCAAAGGCACAUUUGAGAGUGGAGAUAGGAAGUCCAAAGAAAAGGACAGAGUCAAAAACAAAUUAGAAGUCCAAGCUAGUGUUUCUGCUGCAAAGACAGAUGAGGAAAUGAAACCUGCCCCAACUACUGAGGAAGGAGCUUUUAUCAUAGACUCUUCUGAAGUAAAUGAAACUUCAAAGAAGGGUGAGAUACCUGACUUCUAUCCGAGCGCCAAUGUUCCUUUGAGUGGUGACCCUUCUUCAGAAAGAAAAAACACUUUAGAGCCAAGUUCUGAUUCAACUCAAGAAAGCAUUGUGGCUCCAGUUUGUAAUGUUAAGGAAUCCCAUUUGGUAUAUUUUGAUGGAUGUUUGGUGGAACAACUUUGUCAAGAACAUAUGGAAAAUAAACAGACUCUUUCGCAUCAAGACCAAAUAAAAAUUGCAGAUGCCAAAAUACGGGAGUGGUCAAAAGGAAAAGAAGGAAAUAUCCGAUCAUUGCUAUCAACUCUGCAAUAUGUUCUUUGGAAAGAAUGUGGAUGGAAACCAGUUCCACUUGUUGAUAUUAUUGAAGGAACUUCUGUGAAGAGAGCAUAUCAGAAGGCGCUGCUUUGUCUGCAUCCAGAUAAGCUACAGCAAAGAGGUGUUGCUGAGCAUCAGAAGUAUAUUGCAGAAAAGGUUUUUGACAUUUUGCAGGAGGCAUGGGAUCAGUUCAAUUCAGCUACUAAUGUCUUUUGACGCUUGGCCAUAUACAUUUCCUAUUUUUCUGGUGUGCCAACACGGCACAUCUACAUGUUUGUUCUUUCAAAAUUUAUAGAUGGAUUGGUUAUUUAUUCUGAACAAAUAUACUUAUGUUUUUCUCA